AUGGGGAGGCUGCUAACCACCCCCCUGCUGAUCAAUUUCUUUGGCUCCCUUGUGGGCUUUGUAGCAACACUGACACUUAUUCCAGCCUUCAAGGAUCACUUCAUUGCUGCCAAGCUCUUUGGGAUUGAUUUGAACAAAACUUCCAAGCAACCCAUGUGAGUAGCUCUUGAUUUUCCUGUAUUCAGUUUUGAUCCAGACUGCACUUGGAGGGCUGCCAAGUUAGGGGCCUGUGAGGAAGUGUGGGGCUCUGAUCUGGUGCAGGCAUACUGGGGCCCUGUGUAAAGACUGAUAAUCCUGGGCUGGAUCUCAUACUCCUAGAGCUGGCAGCCGGCAGUCAAUAAGGGGAAUUCCCUUUUUCUCAUUGGGCGUUCCAGCUUUCUUUCAGCUAAGACUUAACCCUUAACCCGGCACCCCAGUAAGCAGGAUAAGCAAGGUCCUGGUGAGAUGAGUAGCAGCAGGGAAAACAUGAAACUAACCAUAAUUACCUUGAAUUUCUGCUUAACCCUCAAGAAAAAAGGGCAUUUUCGCUGGCCAGGUUUAAUUCAAAUCCAUCAAACCUCCUUUGGGGAAGGUUCUCAGGCAGGGUGGAAGGAUAAAGAACUUGCCCAUGUGAAGACCACCUGGUGGAAACCCUUACACAUAAGGUUCUCAAUUGUAAACUAUAUGCUGAUCUCCGCCAGCAAUUUGUAGAUCAACUUUGUAUCCCCAAAUGGAAACCAGAGUCAGAGGUCAUACAUUUUCUAUUACUGGGGGAUGAUCAGGAGCUCACCAAGUUAGUGGCUAAAUAUCUCUAUUUGGUUUUUGUCGUCGAAAUACACUGCAGAUGUCUGAUCUCCCUGGAGACCAAGAGAUGUGACGAGAGACUGCUCUGCCUCCUUUCUUUUAGCAAAUGUUUGUGCCACUGGGGAAGUGGUAAUUCUGUAUUGAUUUGUUUUAGAUGUUGUAUGUGAUGCCAAUAAAAGGUUUUACAGAGGUACCCAUUACCUUGUUUGUUGUCUUUUCCCAGCCCGGAGUCCCAAGGUGUCAUAAGUGGAGCAGUGUUCCUGAUCAUCCUCUUCUGCUUCAUCCCAGUGCCCUUUCUGAGCUGCUUUGUGGAAGAGCAGUGCAAGGCAUUCCCACACCAUGAGGUGAGAGCGGCUGCAUCGGGUGGAGCCUGGAAGGGAAUGGGUGUGUGUGUGUGUUAAGAGUUGAGUCAACUAGAUAAGUGCAAGGGGCAGGACUCUUACAGCUUCUCCCUACCUUGCAGUUUGUGGCCCUCAUUGGCUCCCUCCUCGCCAUUUGCUGCAUGAUCUUCCUGGGCUUUGCGGACGACGUUCUCAAUCUGCGCUGGCGCCACAAGCUGCUUCUGCCCACCAUGGCGUCCUUGCCCCUGCUCAUGGUCUACUUCACCAACUUUGGGAACACCACCAUUGUGGUGCCUAAGCCCUUCCGGAUGUUGCUGGGCAUGCACUUAGACCUAGGUAAGUGCCCCAGGGCUUGCACAAGUAGGUCUGGCCUGAGAAACAUGCUGAGCAUUAGAGACACUGCCAAGCCUCUCACCCCAUCUUUCCCCACGGAGAAUUAUUUAUUUAUUUAUUUAUUCAUUCAUUCAUUCAACUUAUACACCACCCUAUACCCAGAGGUCUCGGGGCAUUUCACAACAAGACCACAACAUAUAAAAUCAAACCAAAAGCAGUAAUCCAAUAAACUGCACACCCCCCCAAGCCACAUUCUAAAAGAGUGUUGGGUGUCAAUGAGAUCAACCAAAGGUCGGGUUAAAAAAGAAUGUUUUUGCCUGGCCCCUAAAGGUGUAGAAUGAAGGCACCAGACAAACUUCCCUGGGGAGAGCAUUCCGUAGACAGGGAGCCACUGCAGAGAAGGCCCCGUUCUCAUGUUGCCACCCUCCGGACCUCUCAAGGAGGAGGCACACAAAGGGAGGGCCUCAGAAGGUUAUCUCAGGGACUGGGUAGGUUCAUAUAGGAAGAGGUGGUCCUUGAGGUUAUUGCGGACCUGAUGUUGCAUGCUUGGUGUCCUCACAAGGAAUUUGAGUAAAAGUGGGUUUUCUCUUGCAGGAAUCCUGUACUAUGUGUACAUGGGGAUGCUGGCUGUGUUCUGCACCAAUGCCAUCAACAUUCUUGCGGGCAUUAAUGGCCUGGAGGCUGGGCAGUCACUGGUGAUCGCUGCCUCAAUUGUAACUUUCAACAUCGUAGAGCUAAAUGGUGAGGAAGAUCUAAUGUCAGAGAGCUGUCACAUGGAGUUUCUUGAGUGGGAUGAUAUGCAGGUCUUCAGGCUACAUGCAGAACAAAUGUGGGGCUGCCCCUCAGCAUACAUGCUGGGAUUGUAGUAGCAGCCGUGGGCUUGGUGUGGGCUAGCACAUGUGCAGCUGGAGUCUCUGCAAUUGGUGUCAACUGGCUGACCUUCCUACUUGUUUAUUUUUUACUCCCAGGAGACUACAGAGAUGACCACGUUUUCUCUCUCUACUUCAUGAUUCCCUUUUUCUUUACCACAUUGGGACUGCUGUACCACAACUGGUAAGAAACUCCAUGGAAUUGAAAAAGCCAGCCUGUUUCCAAUGGAAGGGUGUGUUUGGGGGAAGCUGCAGGCUUCUGAGUUCACUCAUAGCAAGGCAGGUUAUGGUGCCUUGAUACAGCUGCCAUUUUGAGGGUUUGCGUGGGUUGCACAAUUCCAGUCAAUGUUCUUGUUGGGACUUCUAGUAUGAGAAAUAAAAUUUUCAGAGCAGUGCCUUCUCUAGAAGGAGCUUCAAAGUGCCAUGAAAUUAAAUGUUCCUAUUUAGAAUAUUUAAACAAAAACACAAAUGUGCUUGUGGGUCAUACAUGUGAAAUCUAACUAGGAGGAAGAUCCCCACCCUACCAAAUGCCAACAAACACUACUGUAGGUGCAGCUUUUUGACACCACUGAAACUGGAAUAAGCACUCCAGGACAUAACUCUUUCCUCUCGUGCUGUGCCCAGUGUUCCACAAGCUGUUUCCUCUCCCUACAUCCUUCGCCGCUCCAUAUUUAACAACAAAAAUAACAACACCACAAACACACACACAGUCAAACCUUGGCUCCCAAAUGCCGAAAACCCGGAAGCAAAUGCUCCAGUUUUUGAACGUUUUUCAGAAGCCGAACGUCCAACACGACUUCUGUUUGAGUGCAGGAAGCUCUUGCAGCCAAUCGGAAGCCGUGUCUCAGUUGUCGAACAUUUCAGAAGCCAAAUGGGCUUCUGGAAUGGAUUACGUUCAACAACCAAGGCUUUUGAAUUGUUUUCAAUUCAUAAAGUCCAUAAAGACCUCUACAGGUCAAUUACAUUCUGUGUGAGAUGAUGCUGUCAUAGGAAUUGUGAGGUUGUGGGGGGAGAGAAACUAAUUUAACCCAGCAAGCUCUUCCCUCUCUCACACACAAACAAAACUCACUGCAGUUAACUGAAUGCAACCAACCAUGCUCUGGGCUCUCCAACCUCAUGCACCGCCAACAAAAACAAACACGUUAUUUACAUUUGACAUCAUAAUGAGUGCCAGGAGUGACCCCCUGCUGGGUCUUCUUCUGCAAUGCAUUGCCUGUGUUCUGACUGACCGUCUCUCCUCUGGCUGAGCGCAGGUAUCCGUCCCGUGUGUUUGUGGGCGACACCUUCUGCUACUUCGCCGGCAUGACCUUUGCUGUGGUGGGGAUCCUUGGGCAUUUCAGCAAAACCAUGCUGCUCUUCUUUAUCCCACAAGUGCUCAACUUCCUCUAUUCAUUGCCACAGCUGUUCCACAUCAUUCCUUGCCCACGCCAUCGGCUGCCCAGGUAACAACAACGACAGAAACCCUCCGCUCCCUGUUAGAUGCUGCCGGGCUUUGUGUGCAACCAGAGCACCACAAAUGUAGUCCUUGGCUUCUAACCAAGGGAUGUUGAGAACUGUAGUUCGAUAAAGGGGUUAAGGGUAAGGGGACCCCUGACCAUUAGGUCCAGUCGUGGCAACUCUGGGGUUGCGGCGCUCAUCUCACUUUAUUGGCCGAGAGAGCCGGCGUACAGCUUCCAGGUCAUGUGGCCAGCAUGACUAAGCCGCUUCUGGUGAACCAGAGCAGUGCACGGAAACGCCGUUUACCUUCCCGCUGGAGUGGUACCUAUUUAUCUACUUGCACUUUGAGGUGCUUUCGAACUGCUAGGUUGGCAGGAGCAGGGACCGAGCAAUGGGAGCUCACCCCGUCGUGGGGAUUCGAACCGCCUACCUUCUGAUCAGCAAGUCCUAGGCUCCGUGGUUUAACCCACAGCGCUACCCGCGUCCCAAGGGGUUAGGGAAUCACUAUCAAAGGCUGGAAAGCAGUUGUAAACGCCGGUUUCCGAUAAUAUUUUGCUGAGGCCUGGAUAUUGUAAAUAUGCCCUUCAAAGCGGCCUGUUUUCAUAGGAAAUGGAUUGGUGAGAGUCUCCUAGAUUGGGUACUUUCAUCCAUUCCUGGCAGAACCUCAUCCUGCAUUUUUUCUCCCAUUGUGUUCCUUUUCAUUGCUGACGGGAGCCUGUCUCGCUGCAGAUUCAAUCCUGACACAGGAAAUCUAGAGAUGAGCUAUUCCAGAUUCAAGCCCAAGAACCUCUCUCCCUUGGGAGCAAAUAUCCUCAAGGUAAGGACAGAAUAAUAUCACCUUCCAUACACUUUGAUAGCUUGGCGGAAAGAAAAGGCUUUGAGAACCAGUUAGAGGGGGAAAGUAUAAUGGGGAGGGGUUGUGUAACAGAGAAAAGUUGCAACGGAGGUGGGAGCACCCAGGUUUACUUUGGGUUAAUGAAAUACGAUUGGGUGGAACACUUGCUGCUUCUCUAGCUUAAUCCUAGAGCAGCAAUAGUAACUAAGGUUCUCUCCCCAGAUAUCUGAGAAACUCAAUCUAGUGGAUGUGCAUCAAGGAGUGGACAAAGAUGGAGAAUUCACAGAAUGCAACAACAUGACACUCAUUAACUUUGUGAUAAAGCUUAUAGGACCAACCCCUGAGCGAACCCUGACCCUUCUGCUGUUGCUGAUGCAGGUAAGAGGCGCUGGGAGAAAGAGCAGGCCAGCGUGAACAGUUUUGAAUAAUGCUGUAUCUCUGUAUCUCAGAUGGGUUGGUAAUCCAGCUCCCUUCUCCGAGUUAAAAUUCAGUAGGCAUUGAGCCAUAUCAACUGCCACAUAAUUUUUAAUCAGACAUUGAUGGGGUGGUGCGGGGAGAGAGAGAAGAGAGAUUUGCCCUUCCUCUAAUCUGCCAGAUCCAAUUUCAUGGUGUUGACAACUAUGUGGGUAAUAUCCCAUCUUCUCGGAUUUCACAGUGCCCUUUGCCUCUGUUUUAUAGGUUGUGGGGAGCAUCAUCGCCUUUUCUAUCCGGUACCAGCUCGUGCGGCUGUUCUAUGACGUCUGA